AAAAAAUAAAAUCGGAAUAUAAAUAAUAAUUUUUGGUAGACCCACUCCACUGCAGUCUCAACUCAGAGUCUAGUUGUUAUUUGUUUUUUCGAUUUUUCCUCCGUUCAUCCAUUUUGAAUUUCUCAACACACAAUAACAGAAUCGGAGAAUUUCUGCAAGCAUCGUCGCUGAAUUUCCUGCCAUAAGAUGCGCUGCGGCGGCGGUGGAUGUGGCGGAUUGCGGUGGACGGAUGUAGAGACAUGGAUUCGCAACUACGACAACCUUCAGUGGCUCGCCGUGAGGCUGAUCUACGCUCAGAUUGCCUGCGCAUUGAUUGGAUCCCUAGGUGCGCUUUACAACGGUGUUCUGUUCGUCAAUUUGGGGAUUUCCUUGUUCGCGCUCGUCGCCAUUGAGAGCAGCAGUCAGAGCCUCGCCCGGACAUACGCCGUACUCCUCUUCUGCUCCAUUUUCCUCGACAUUUUCUGGUUCAUCCUCUUCUCUCAUGAAAUAUGGCACAUUUCAUCUGAGUCCUAUGGAGUCCUUGUUAGAUAUUCUGUGAAGCUGACACUCACCAUGCAAAUUAUUGGAUUUUCAGUGAAGUUAUCAUCAUCGUUGUUAUGGAUACAGAUGUACAGACUCGGUGUUGCUUACAUAGAUGCCUCAGCUUCUCGAGAUACAGAUGUAGAUUUGAGAAACAGUUUUCUCAAUCCAACCACUCCUGUCGUUCAACGUCGCUCUGGAUAUGAUGAGGUUGCCGGAGGAUCCUUAUAUGAUCCUGCAUCUUAUUCGUCUCUUUUUGAAGAUGGCAGAAAUGAAACUUUUCCAUAUGGGGUUAAGCAAAAUCACGACAUUUCUGUAAUAAACUCUCACUCAGCUGCUGAAACUUCUCAGCUAAAUCCAUCCAUGGGGAGAUAUUUUCAUGUAAAAGAUGACGAGAAUGCUGACUGAAGCUCCAGAUUUUUCGAACCGAUGAAUGAUUAAACCUCUUGCUGCAUGCGGUGUACAUUCCCCCUAGUUUUUUGUCCGGAGUAUUAUUCUUUUUCACUCGACUAGGCAGAGUUAAUAUAGAUAAUAGCAAAGCACUUGUACAGUUAUAUUCCUUACUAUAUUCUUUUUGCUGCUAAAAUGUGGAGAGAGGAUCCGUACACAUCUCGUUUUCUUUCUUUCUUUUACAUGUUUGGUGUAGAGGAUUGCUAUACUGUCGAAAAGGUUUCGAAGGAAUAGUAAAUAGCAACAAUUCUGACUAUGACCGAUUUCUGUUUCG